AUGAUGGAAAUUGAGCCGUUGAUUGUCUCUGGAUGUAAUGAAUCAGGAUAUCUGACAAAAGAAAGUUUGAACCUGAACUACAAUUUUCUCAGCCUUUUUAUCGUCAUGAGCAAUAUGAAGCACCGAGAACCACCCGAAGUGCCUUGCAACUUGAAAAUCGAUGUAGACAGAAUUAGCAACCUACCGGGCCAUAUCAUAGACAAAAUCCUCUCCCAUUUACCAAUCCGAGACGCUGUCCGUACGAGCGUUUUGUCAAAAAAGUGGAGAUACAAAUGGGUCACCCUCCCUUCCCUCGUGUUCGAUAAUCAACCUGCCCUAAUCUCAACUCACGACUCGAAUCUCGUGAAAAACAAACUAGUCAGCAUAGUUGACCACGUCCUUUUACUCCACACGGGCCCCAAAGAAAAGUUCAAGCUUUCAAUUCGAGACCUUCAAGGCGUUAGUGAUAUCGACAGGUGGAUCCUAUUCCUUUCGAGAGGUUCUGUAAAAGAACUAAUACUCGAGAUUUGGAAAGGCCAUCGGUACAAGCUUCCUUCUUCGAUAUACUCAUGUCAAAAUCUGAUCCAUUUGGAGCUCUUUAACUGCCUCUUGAAACCGCCUCUUACUUUCAACGGCUUUAGAAAUUUGAAGAGCCUCGACUUGCAGCAUAUCACCAUGGACCAGGUGGCGUUCGAGCACAUGGUUUUAAGUUGCCCUCUGCUCGAGCGAUUGACUCUGAUGAACUUUGACGGUUUUGCCCUUCUGAACAUACGAGCGCCCAAUCUGCUUUUCUUUGAUGUCGGGGGUGUUUUUGAAGAAGUUAGUUUCCAGGAUACUUUCAAUUUGUCUGUUGUCUCCAUCGGUUUAUAUGCAAAAACCGGAGUCGAACGGAAAGUGGCGUUCGGCAGCUCCGGGAAUCUGAUCAAGUUUUUUGCCUGUCUACCCCACAUUCAAAGGCUUGAGGUGCAAAGCUUUUUUCUGAAGUAUUUGGCUGCUGGAGCUAUACCGGGAAAGCUACCAAAACCAUGUGCCGAUCUUAGUUUUCUUUCCCUUCGUAUUAAUUUCAACGACAUGGAAGAGAAUCUUGCUGCUCUUUGCCUCCUGAGAAGUUCUCCCAACCUUCACGAACUUGAGGUUUUGGCUCGUGCGGAGGAACAGGCUAGUGUUGGAACGAAUGCAAACAUCGCGGAUAAUUACCAUAGCUUUCCUUUCAAUAGGCUUCGGAUUAUCAAGAUUAUUGGAAUAUUUGGCACACGACAAGAGUUGGAUUUUAUCAGUUUCAUGCUUGCAAAUGCGCCCGUGCUCGAGAAGAUGACAGUUAAGCCGGGAUCGAUUGAUAGCGGGUGGGAGUUGGUCAAGGAAUUGCUUCGCUUUCGACGUGCGUCCACAUUUGCCGAAAUCGUUUAUCUGGAUCCAUAG